AAAAAAGUGAUGAUGAUGAAUACAUUGGAAAGUUUUUUGGCCGCGGCGAGGGUGUCAGAUUGAAUGGCCUGUGCGCAUGUGCGAAGGUGUCCAAACUGACAAUGCUGGUGAGAUGAAGAUAGUGUUGUUGCAGCUUCUGGGCUCACGGAGGACGACGAGAGGAAUCUACAAGCCGACAAGAUGAGAUCCAAGGCGAGGGCGAGAAAACUGGCAAAAAAUCAUUAAUCAUGGGCCUUCAUGCAAAAUGCCAACCGGUGCUGAUAUUUACAUGAGAAUCGUGUGGCCAUGCUGCCCAGCCUGUAAUGACUAACGAAUGCAGGGCAGGGCUAGUGGCCUCUCCUGAAGUGUGCCAGGUGUUUGUUCCAGACCAGACUGCAUGAAAAGCAGCGCCUGACCUUGGUACGGGUGGGUGACGGAUGACAGUGAGCCAGUGGACAGCAUGUACGACACAGAGGCUGACCUCCCAGGUCUAGCUCCGAGCAGCGGGGGUGGUGCCGACAGCCCAGAAGAUGACGCAGAUGACAGUGUCAUCAACAUGUCUCCCCUGCCCUCACCAACCCCUUCCCAUCCAAACAACAACCACCAUCACCACCUGCUACACCCCCAUAUCUACGCCACCCACCACCACCACCUUCACAACAACAGCAACAGCAGCAGCAACGACCAGGACUUCACCACACCCAAAGAGGGCUCGCCCUAUGAGGCACCCGUCUACAUUCCAGAUGACAUUCCCAUUCCGAGUGAACUGGAGCUGCGGGAGUCCUCAGUACCUGGUGCUGGUCUGGGCAUUUGGGCCAAGAGUCGAAUUGGUGCGGGUGAGAGGUUUGGUCUGCACAGCAUGCUGAAUCAUGGGGCCAUGGGCAAAGACAGCUCUUUUGGAUGGGAGAUGAUGAAUGACCAUGAUGAGGUCUCACCUGACAGCUGCACCAAAAAGGUGGUCAAUGACAUGGGCAACAUCAAGUUUGCGCUGGACACAAGCCUGGAUGUCACAAGCAACAGCUGGCUCAAAUACGUCCGCUCUGCCCCAACAUUCGAGGAGCAGAAUCUCGCAGCCUGUCACCUAACAGGGGACCAGGUUUACUAUAAAGCUGUACGGGAUAUUGAAGCAGGGGAGGAGCUUUUAGUGUAUAUGAAGGACGGUAUUUUCCCUGAGGGAUCCAUGGCACCCAACCUACAAGACGAGCAGAUGUACCGCUGCGAAGACUGUGAUGAGCUGUUCUCCUCGACCCUUGAGCUGCGGCGGCAUCAGAAGUAUUCAUGCUCCAGUAGUGGAUCGAUCUUUGACACACUGAGAGAUGACUUCAAACAAGAACGUGAGGACAGUGACGAGCCUGUCCAUGAGUGUAAAGACUGUGAGAAGAUCUUCCCAAAUGAGUACAGUCUGGGACAACACAUGAUCGUCCACACAGAGGAAAGGGAGUACAAGUGUGACCAGUGUCCCAAAGCCUUCAACUGGAAGUCCAACCUGAUCCGUCACCAGAUGUCACAUGACAGUGGCAAGCGCUUUGAGUGUGAAAACUGUGAUAAGGUACAGCAUACCCAGCACGUGUUCACAGAUCCCAGUAAUCUUCAGCGCCACAUCCGCUCCCAACAUGUGGGGGCCCGCGCUCACACGUGUCCUGAGUGUGGCAAGACCUUUGCCACAUCAUCAGGCCUCAAGCAGCACAAGCACAUCCACAGCAGUGUCAAACCCUUUAUCUGCCCUGAUGGGCUGCAUAUUUUUGUUCCCCCAGGCGAGGUGUGCCACAAAUCUUACACCCAGUUCUCCAACCUCUGCCGUCACAAGCGGAUGCAUGCUGACUGUCGCACCCAGAUCAAGUGUAAGGACUGUGGGCAGUUAUUCAGCACUACCUCCUCCCUCAACAAGCAUCGGCGUUUCUGUGAAGGCAAAAACCAUUAUGGCUCUCCAGCAGGGAUGUUCAACCCUGGCAUCCCCAUGAGCUCCAGUCCCAUCAUGGCCAAGGCCAAAUCCCACCAUCCCCACCUCACAGGUCUCAACCAGUCAGGUUUAGGCUUCACUGAAUACUUUCCCUCCAGACCUCACCCUCAUGCUGGCUUGCCAUUCUCCACAGGACCUCAUGGCUUUCCCUCCCUCCCUCAUGGUUUCCCAGGUAUCUUCCCCCCAUCACUAUAUCCUCGACCACCAUUGUUGCCAGCCAGUCCUUUGAUAAAAAGCCCGCUUGGCAGCAGCAGUCAGGAGGUUAAGCUGCCUAGAAGUCCUUUAGAUGUUCCUCCUUCGUCCCUGGUUAGCUCCACAAACAGCAAUGGGGGUAACAGUUUAAGUCAGCUGGAUGAGAAAGAAAAUAAGUUGGAUUUGUCUUCAAGUGGAGAAGCCAAGCCAAAAUCUAAGGUGGUUGACAUGUCCGAUGGCAGUGAUCUUGAAGAUGUUAAUACCACAAGUGGGACAGAUUUGGACACCACAACUGGUACUGCUUCUGGUGAUGGGUCUGACUUGGAGAGCGAUGGGGAGAGUGAACGAGAAAGAUGUGGUAAAAGAAGGAAGUCAUCUGGGGCUGUAUCGAGUCAAGAAGGCCACCAGUUAGAGGACACAAACAGCGCACUGAUAUCAGCUGUGUCUAGUUCUGGGAACCUCACAGUUGAUCGUCCCUUUCUUUCUUCUGCAUCGUCCCAGCACUCCUUUUUCCCUCCCCCUGAUGAGCAAGCCCUUCCACCCACAACCGCAAACACCAAUGCAGCCACUACAGAUUCUAUUAAAGCCAUUGCCUCUAUUGCUGAGAAAUACUUUGGUCCAGGUUUGAUUGGUCAUUAUCAGGAGAAGAAGAUGGGUCCAUUGCCCUACCAUUCCAUGUUUCCUUUCCCGUUCCUUCCCAACUUCCACAACUCUCUUUAUCCCCUUCCUGCCGAUCGUGGUGUCCUUAAUCCUAGCAUGUUCUUUAAGGCUGAACCCAAGUCACCCCGUGAGCAGCUGCACAAGAUGGUUGCCCCAGGUACUCCUGCUACCACAGCAGAAUCACCAUUUGAUCUCACCACAAAGCCGAAGGAGACCAAGACAGCUCCUCCAACCCCAACAAAUCCCUCAAACCCCAACACUAGCACUGGGAGGAGUAGUGGACCCUUAGCACUAUCUAGCAGUGAAGAACAACCAUUAGACCUCAGCACUGGCAGCCGGAACAGAGGUGGUCAUAAUGGUGUGUCAGCUGAGCCACAAAACAGAAAGAACCACAUCUUCGGAGAUGGAAAGGGGGUUUCAAUUAAGGAUGAAACCCAAGCUGGAUUUCCACACCCCCAUCCCCACUUAUUGCACCAACCAUCCAUCCCCCAACACCAACAGCCACAGGCACAGCCACACCAGCCGCCACCACUGCACUAUGCCAAGCCCUCAGCAUUCUUCAUGGACCCAAUAUACAGCAGGGUGGAGAAGAGGAAGCUCCUCGACCCUGUAGGAGCACUGAAGGAAAAGUUCCUUAGGCCCUCACCGCCACUCUUCCAUCCACAGAUGUCAGCUAUGGAAAACAUGACCGAGAAGCUAGAGAGCUUUGGCGCUCUGAAACUGGACACGCCGCCCAAUUCACUGCAACAUUCUGCUCAUCCACUGUUUAACUUCCGAUCCCCCCCACCUUCCCUCUCUGACGCCAUCCUCCGCAAGGGCAAGGAGCGUUACGCCUGCAGGUACUGUGGAAAAAUUUUCCCUCGUUCAGCAAACCUCACCAGACACUUGCGGACACACACAGGGGAGCAACCCUACAGAUGUAAAUACUGUGACCGCUCAUUCAGCAUCUCAUCCAAUCUUCAACGCCACGUACGCAACAUCCAUAACAAGGAAAAACCCUUCAAGUGUCACCUCUGUAACCGCUGCUUUGGUCAGCAGACCAACCUCGACCGGCAUCUCAAGAAGCAUGAGCACGAGAACAUUCCUGUGAGCCAACAGUCUGGGAUGCUUUCCAACCUAGGAACCACCAUCUCCUCCCCGAACUCCGAGCCAGACAAUCAUGCACUUUUAGAUGAGAAGGAGGAUUCGUACUUCUCAGAAAUCCGUAACUUCAUUUCCAACAGUGAGAUGAACCAGGCCUCCAGCUCCACGGAUAAGAGCAGAACAGACCAGACGGAGGAGGAGCGCCCACCCAGCCACAGUUUGUCCAACUCCAAACUAGGGCUCCACGGGCUUGAGGAGGAGGAAGAGGAAGUGGAGGGAGAUGAUGAAGAAGAGGAGGAAGGCAGCCUUACAGAGAAGUCUCACGACGAGGCACCAGAGUCCCCUUCUCCUGUCACAACAGGGGUGUAUGAGGAGGACGAGGAGGAGGAAGAGACGGCUCCUUUAGCUUUGAGCUAUGAACACACACGCAGGCUUAUGCAAUGAUGCUGUCUCUGUCAGAGAACAACCCUUUGCACGCUCCCUCCCAGAACUCUCUCGACGCUUGGCUGAGCAUGGGAGGUGGAUCGUCGGAGACGAGCAGUUUUCACCCACUCAACCACAUCUAGAAGAGAGACAGAGACAGGAGGUGGGAAAGAGUAGGAGGAACAUUAGUUUUGCGAAUGGAAGCAAGAGUCUGUGUGGACAUGGAUAGUGAGAAAACAUAGAGACCAGAGAAGAAUUUAGUGUCGAGUACAUUUAAAAUAGAGAGGAUUUGUUUGUGAUGUGUGUAUGUAUGUGUGUGUGUGUGUGUGUGUGUGUGUGUAUGGGUGUGUAUCUGUGAGUGUGUGAGAGAGGAGUAGGAGGGAGAAACUACUCUCAUGAGACUCUGUCAAAGAGAAAGCACUGCGAAUCUCCUGUUGAUGUGAAGGAUGAAUGCUUAUCAACAGCAUUGAAACUCUGCGUUACUCUGAUCCUCCCCAAGUCCACCAGGCUACUGCAGCCCCACAGAGACCCAAUGUAAGGCUCUCAUAAAGACACUUCAUGACUAGUAUGUCUCUAAAGUCUUUGAGCAACGCCUACCUUAAGCACUGCAGCAGAAGCACUGCAUUAGCACUGCAUGUCCACAAGGUAGUGCUGUUUCAUUAGGAACAUAGUGGCGUGUGCACUAUUGUCUCCAGGUUUUCUCAUCAAUCAUGGACAACUCAUUUACUGAUCUUGUUUCAGCUGUAACUGCAGAAUCAAAUUGCACCACACUAAAUGUUACUUGAGGAGGUGGCAGUUCCACUAGACUGUUGAUUUGUUCAUGAUUACAUGGGGAAUGAUGUCCAAAUGUGCACAACUGAUGAUUUACUCGCCUAUGUAAUUGGUUACCCAGUUUGAUCAUGCUGAAAAUGAAUUGAAAUCAUACUUAAAAUGAGAAAUGUCUUUCUCUGCUUGUUUUUUUUUAGUUUGUUUUUGGCCAUCUUUUAAUUUUAUUUACCUUUUGUCUCUUAGAUACCACAGUAUUGUUUUUGUAGGCACCACAGUGCUAAAUAGUUAAUAUAAUUAUUUUAGAAGGACCAAAAUUGUAUGAUAUUGUCAUAUGAUGUACAAAAUAACCUAGAUGUUCAUAGCAAGAGUGGUAUGUGCCAAAUAACCCAUAGAAAAUGUUUUGUUCUUUGACAAUCAUUUCAUUUCCAAGGGGCUUGCCUUUGCUGUCAUUGUUUUUCUUUUUACAUUCUUAUAAAUUUGAUUUCAGAAGUAUUUGUAUGUAUUUAUUUUUGGUUGUUUUAUCAUGACUGGAGGAGUGAAAUGAAGUCAUUCUUUUAUCCCUCUGUUCUUGUUGAUGAAGGAAUGAACACUUAUCAGAUUGUGAGGGAGAUUCUGAAUCUCGAUUUUGAUGUUUAAGUGUGCCAAAAUGAAAAGAACCCAUGAAAUUUAAUGUUUUUUUAUUUAUAGUGGAGAAUAGCUGUAGUUACUUUAGGUCUGAUUUGGUAUUGCUGCAUUCUGCAGUGUUUCUUUCUUUCUUUUUCUUGUGUCGCUUCACUUUACCCUAAAUGCUGAGUGUGUCUGUUCAAAUUGAAAUAAGCAUUAUUGUGGAAAGUCGGAGAGGGGUCUUAGACACCUUUUAGAAUGAAUGUCAACCAAGGACAUUACAUCGCCACAUUAUUAAUUCUGACUAGUUCCCAUCAAAUCAAACACCCUUUCCCUCUGUUUUUGACAGAUAAACUUAGUUUAACAAAUAAAUUUUCUUUUAAAAUGAGUUGUCCUACAUGGCACAGUCUAAAGUAUAAAAACACAGUUACAUCUGCACCAUAUCACAUUCUCAUUCAAGUGACAGAAUCUCUGGAAGAGCAAGAUGGAAAGAUCAGCACAAAAAAAAUAAUGAUUAAACAAUUUAAUUACAGUAGAGCUGCACUAAACUAAAGUUAAUGUUAAAGUGGACAUCUGCUGGUCAGUCCCUCCAACAUGAUUCUGGACAGGGGAAACAGACACUUGAUCAUUGGUUUAACUUUAUAUUUCCUGCUCUUGUCCAAGGUUAUGCUAGAAACUCAUUCCAUGUGGACAACAAGGUAGCUAUGCCAAGGAGGGCAUGAGUCAUUCACUGUAGAUAACUGUAGAUAGCUGCAGGAGGUGGGGGAGGGGGGCAUUGUUGAUCAUUGUUGCCCUGAUCCUCCACACAUACUGGUAUUUUUCAAAACUGGGCCUUAUGCUGUAUUUCCAAACCAUUACUUUAACCGUAUGGGUCCAAGCCAUAAAAUGAUCAGACUGAGGUGUCUAGAACUUACAACACAAAUACAUUUUCAUAUUUGUAGAGGAGUAAACCAUGCUCAACACAGAGAUGUGGGAAAAAUCUGAAACAAAAGCACUGUAAUUUUUCUUCAUCCAACAGGUGGUUGUGUGAUGCUCAUACUGAUGCAUCAUCUCAUUUUUUGACAGAAAGAUGUCUUUUUAAUAAUUCUGCUGAAUGAGCUUCAUUCAUGGUGAACACAUUUUCCAACUUGUGGUUAUAAAGUGUAAAGACUCAGACUGCAACGUUUUUAGGUUGAAUAUAAGUAGUAAUUCAUGUCUUGGACUACUGUAAUAAUUACGCGCUGUGUAAUGCAAAGGAAUUGAAGGCUUUGAAAUUUUCUGUUCCACAAAUUUCAGAAAGUAUUCUGGCUGAUGAUUGCUGAAAUAUGUUUCAGCAUAAUAGAACAUGGUUGCUGUUUUCCCCCACUGUUACAGGAAGAGUAAAAUUAUACAUAUUGUUUUUUUUUUUAACUGUAUAGUAUUUUAAAAAAUGAAAAACAAUGAUGCAUUUGUCUGAAGAAAAAAAUCAUUGAAAAAUAUGGGUUUAAAUGGAUGGUGCUUGUUUUGUUUGAAUCUGAGUUGUAUAUCUCCUCUGUUAUGUUUAUUGAAAACCGACAAAAAAAAAAGAUAUUGUGCAUGACGUGUUUAGCAGUCAUAAUGAUGUCCAUUUGUGAAUGCGUAUCAAAUCAAAAAAGUCUGAAAAAAAGAAGAAAAAAUAAAUUCGUAGAUGCACUUAUUGUACAUGUGGUUAGGUUAGUAGGUCUGACUUUAAGUUCUUGACUGCCUUACAGGUAGCUCUGAAAGACAUAGAAAAGACUUGUGGGACAAGACAUAAUGAAAAAACAAAUAAGGAUUGUAGAAUAAUAUUGAACAAUUCUGAAAAUUGCAGUUCUUUUGAUGCUUGUGAUUAUUGAAAAUGUACUUUAGAGAAAAUUCAUGGAAAAGAUAUGACUGAUGUUAAUUCUGUAGAAUAGCAAUGUAUACCAAAUGUAAUCUUUCCAAUGCUAUGAAGAAUUUAUACAUGAAAUUGAUAUGCAAUAAAA